AUGCAAACGCUACUACGAGAGCAUUGGGGCUGGGACCAGCCUUAUCAAUGGAUUACAUCUGACUGCGAUGCAGUGAACGAUGUUUGGGAAUAUCACAAUUACACUGCAGACUCAAUCACUGCUGCGGCCGCUGCACUAAAUGCCGGCACAGACUUGGCAUGUGAAGGGUCCAUCUACAAUGACCUUGUCCAGGCAAUAUCAUUCAACAUGACAAACGAGGCAACAGUUGAUCGCUCCGUCUCCCGCCUUUACCUAUCCCUGAUGCGCCUCGGGUUCUUCGAUUUGAAGAACAGCAAAUAUGCCUCGUUGAGCUGGACCGAUGUUGACACGUCUGACGCGCGGGAUCUGGCCAAGGAAGCAGCAGUUAAAGGCAUGACGCUCAUGAAGAAUGACGGCACUCUACCUCUUCCAGCAUCUGUUGCAAGCGUAGCCUUGAUUGGUCCAUACGGCAACGCAACGACCCAGAUGCAGGGAAGCUACUCGGGUGUUGCCCCAUACCUUGUCAGCCCUCUGAUGGCCAUGCAAGCCAAGUGGCAAAAUGCCACCUACAGUCUCGGUACUGCAAUAAACACGGAAGAUUCCAGCAACUUCUCGUCGGCUAUAGAGCUUGCCAGUGCCUCUGACUAUAUCAUCUAUUGUGGUGGGAUAGAUGGAUGCAUCGAAGGCCAGGCGCGUGAUCGAACCACCAUUUCUUGGCCUGGCAAUCAGCUGAGGCUUGUAGGCGAGCUUUCAGCGCUUGGUAAGCCCCUGGUUGUUGUUCAGUUCGGCGGCGGGCAACUCGAUGACUCGGUCCUGCUGGCCAACGACAGCGUGUCGGCCAUUGUCUGGGCUGGGUACCCAGGUCAGAGUGGCGGAGAUGCCUUGGUUGACCUACUCGACGGCACAUUGGCAUUUGCCGGUCGCUUGCCCAUUACACAGUAUCCGGCGCAUUAUGUCGACGAAACGGAAAUGGUGGACCCAUAG